AAGUUUAUUCAUUUAUGGGAUAUUUGAUACAGAUCAACAGUUUGUGAACAUCGGAAUAUUACGUUAAAGUUAUGAAAAUCACUGUUGCGAUGUUUAGAGAAAUUUUGUCACGAGAUUUUGUCGCAUUUAUCUGCAGUCAGCAGCUAACUGAUAUAGUAUAAUUGCCAUGUGGUUUACUUUUAUUUAAUUGUGUUUUAUGUUUAUGAAUAAGUUUAAAGUGAUUCAUUACAAAUUGUUUUUGCCAAUUAAUUCAUAGUCAGUGUUUUAGAAAGUUAAUUAGAGUAAAAUGAAAAGGGUCGUAGGUUUUGAAAAGGACUUAUAAUACUAUAUUUGAUCGUAUUACUACAAGUGAUAUAGUAAAAAAAAGAAAAUAGGACGUACAAGGUUAAACAGUAUUUCAUGAACUGAGUUUGGAGAAAAAGUUGAAAUCGGAUAGCUCUUUUUUUUAGGUGACAUGAAAUUGCAUACAAAAUGUGAAACAUCUGUAUAACUGUGACUUUAGUUUGAGGAAGGAACAAAAGGAAAACAACAAAAUAAAGACAAGACUACAUGGAUGGAUAUAAUCUCCAUUAAAAACUAAAUUUGUUUCAAUAGUUGCACUGAAUGAUUUUGAAUGAUACUUUAGCUAUAUAUUUAUACUGAUUUUGAUUAAUAUUUUGAAUAUUUGGACAUAUUGUGACCAUGGACACCAACACUGAAAUUGUUUCAACAAUGGAUGCGACAUGCUGAAAGAAAAUUGUGCACUAAACUGCUGGUAAUUGGAAAAGUAUGACUGAUUCAUGGAUUGAUUUUUGGAGCCAACUAGUCACAACUACAAAUCUACAAUAGCUGGUCUUAAACUUAUAUAUAAUCAAGACAACCAGAUUGGUACAGUGAAAUUAGAAAAUCACUAUUAAGUGCAAUUUAUGUCUAAAAUUAACACCUGGCUUGAAUUGUAACGCAGGAAAAUUGAGCUAAUUUGAUGCUGAAGAAGUUGAUGCUUUUUAGACUCACACAAAUUUGUUUUUAAAGGAAUUUUGGACAGUUAUUGUUGUGAUAAGCAUUGAGUUGUAUUUAACAGCACUUGCAGAAGUAAACGUCAAUCAUCAUUGUCAGAGGGUUGAUUAGGAGGACAUCAAACCAACACUUGGUAACAAAUAGUCCAAUGAGUAAACUGUAAUGAACAGAAAUAAAUUAAGAGACAUAUAUGUUUGAAAACUCAUCACCCACAGUCUGCUGCCAUCCAUUUGAAAGAAAAAGAAAAAUGGAAACUCAAGCCUUGGUAGUCCAUGGAGGCCGAAAGGCUGAUGUCCCCUCUCCGCAGGGGUGGAAGCUCAAAUAAGCUUGGGAGCUCAGGUUUUUUGAAGCGUAGAGCAAAAGAAGUUGACACAAAAGAGGACAAUUUAUGUAAUAGAAUUGAUGACACUAGUGAAUUGAAUGAAAGCAAUCUUACAGAUUGUAAUGCAGUGACUAAUAGUACUGAAAGAAAUUAUCUGAACUCUUCACCAAAGUUUGAUGUAAUAUCAGAAAGUAGAAGGAAAAUUCUUGAAAGUGCCUUGAAUCGGGAUAGAAACUCUGAUAAUAGGACUAAAAUAAGAUUGAAAGCAAGUGAGGGGUCACCAGUGAAUGAAGAGUCACCUAGAAGUGAGAGAACAGGAGACAGAACUAAAGUGCUGGAAAGAGCACUUAGCAGAAUUAGAAAAGGAGAUAAGGAAUUAUCAGGAGUUGUUAAUGCAGAGAAUGAAAGAGAAAAUGGUAAAGGUGUUGGAGUUCUUGAUAUAGAUUUAGAUGAUAUCAGUGAUAAUGUUAAUAGCAAAUAUGCUGGCAAUGUGAAAAAUGAUUCAACAACUUAUUUUGUAGACACAUUAAACAGAGCUGUAAGUCUGAAGGAACAGAACAGACUAAAAGAUAAUGAAAAAGAUGAAUUUGAUGAUGAAGAUGAUGCCAGUCAAGAAAGUGUAGCAAAUACACAUUCUGAAAUUAGAAGAAGUAAAAAAGAUAUUGAAUCAUCAAUAAAUACUGAUUUAGAAAAAGAGGUUAGACAUAUACCAGAGAGAAAAAUCUCUGGCUUGAGAAGGGGAGCAAGUGCAAGUGUGCUAGUCAGAUCUCAAAGGUCUGUGAGGGAUAUGCAAACUGGUCUUCCUGGUAAAAUAAGAGGACAUAACAUAGAACGACCAGGUAGUGCAAAAGCAAGAUAUUCUCCAAGGGUAGAGGUAGUACGAGGAGUGUCACCUAGGGGUAUUGUAAGAAAGGAAUGUGAUUCGGAUUUAAAACUUUCCUUAAAGGGAUUAAAUGACUCUGAUGAUGAGACUGAUGAUAUAGAAGAUAAUAUAAGUCCAAGAAAACAGGGUAGUUUAAGCCCCAGAAAAAGUCUUCUGUCAAAAACUAAAUCUUUUGAAGCUAAAGAAGCUGACUAUAGAAGAAAAGAUAAUGACAGUCCUGUUGUUAGAGUAAAAACAAAAUUAAGUGAAAGAAGUGACUCUACUGAAAGGGUUAAGCCAGCUAUUAAACAAGGUUUAAAACUAAAAACUUUUUCAAAUGAAAGUUUAGGGCCCAGUGAACAAAGAGAUACAUCAGUUGAAAGACCACUUCGAAGAACAUCUUCUGGCAGGAAACUUCCUGGUGUUCCUCCACAGCCCAAAGUGCCUGUUAAAAUACCUGAGAAAGAGAAUAUCAGAAAAUCUGAAUCAGAGAAUAGCUUUCUUUCAAUUAGAAAAGAUGGUAGUACUGAAUAUGUGGCUCUUGAUUUAAAUAGCAUUCUUGAGCCAGAUAAGAACACUGAAACUGAAGAGAAAGAAACAUUUACCAUUACUGGAAAAGUGAAAAGCAAUCCUAAUUUAAUGUCCGAGAUGAAUUCUGAAGCUAAAGUGACGCGCACAAUUGAUAAGAAGCCAAAUGGACGAAGUACAUCAGUUGAUUCUUCAGCAAGUAAAAAACAAUCUGAAAAAAUGGGCAAACCUCCACUGGAAAGAAAGGCCAGUAAAGGUGUUGCACAAGGUGUUCCUCCUUCUCCAAGAGGAAGUAUUUCUUCUUCCCCUAGAAAGAUUGUUGCAGCUUCACCAAGAAGUGCUGCAUCACCAAGAGUUAACAAUUCACCAAGGGUGAACAGCUCUCCAAGAGCAAGAGGGGCUUCACCAAGAACACCCACAUCUAGGGCCUCUCCAAGAGAAGGAACAGGUAGAGCAGCAACUCCAAGGGAGGGGGCAGCAAGAGCUCAAACACCAAGAGAAAGAAAAGCCAGUAUUGAAAAAUUAAAAACACAAUCUUCUGAUAGUGGGGAGAAGCCUGCAGUUAAGCAAAAAUUAAAUGACAUACCUCUAAACAAAGGGGUACAAAAUGGUGAGCCAGGUGGACGCCGAAGAACAUCAAGUGGAAGUAGUUUAGUUUCUCCUCGGCCUGGUUCCCCAAUGAAAGCAAAGCAUCUUAGUCAUGCUGUCGAAGGAACCUUACAAACAACCUCUAUUAAAGAGGAACCAGUUAAGCAAAGAUUUACAAGGCAGGAUAGCUGCCAACAAUUAGAUCUGCAAAAGUGUAUUGAACUAUUCCAGAUUAAGGAUGAAGAAGUUACAAAGGGGGAUGAUUCUUCAGGGAGCAUUGAGGCUCGAUCAGAAACUGAAGUGCAAUCAGAGAAAACAUGGAUGGAUGCAGAGAGGGUGUGGCUUGUCCACAAGGGAGGGUUUGCCUCAGCCAGUCAGCUGAAAGGGGAGGGGUAUGGCCUACCAGAGGGGCGUGUCAAGAUAAGACUGGAUCAUGGAGGAGAGAUACUAGAAGUGGAUGAAGAUGAUGUUGAGAAGGUAACAAUUUUCAAUGCUGUUUUAACUUUGAGAAGUUUAUAG